AUGCAGACAGGAAAGAAUGCAGCAGCGUCCGUCAAGGAAUCGGCAUCCAACAUGGCCGCUUCCGCCAAGGCUGGAAUGGACAAGGCCAAAGCCACCCUCCAAGAGAAGGGAGAAAAGAUGACUGCCCAUGAUCCUAUGCAAAAGGAAAUGGCUAGGGAGAAAAAGGACGAAAGAAAACACGAGGCCGAGUAUGAGAAACAGGCAACGAAAGAGCACAACGCUGCCCAGAAAGUGGCUGACAAGGUUGGAACAGGGACACACACUACUACCGGUGUUACCGGCCACCAUACCGGAACUGGUGGGACUUACCGUUAA